CUCCCACCAUGCCUAAUUCUGUUUCAAGGCGAGAAUUACGAUGUCGCCAUUGUGCGCGACAAUUUUCUAGUCCAAGUCAUUUACGACGACACGAGGCGACCCACUCUUCUAAAAGACCUGCCGUAUGUACAUUCUGUGACCGCCGGUUUGUGCGAAGUGACGUCCUGCUUCGUCAUUCGAAAACCUGUAAACAGAAAGACGACCGUCCACUUGGACCGGUAAAACGCGGCAGGAAGCGCAAAGCUUGCGAUACAUGCGCACUCGGACGUGUGGCUUGUGAUGGGGAUUCCCCUUGUGAGACUUGUCUGUUUAAGGGUCUUGAUUGCUUAUACAGUUGCGUAGAGCAACUGCAAGAGACCAGCCAAGGCACCUAUGAUCAGGGAACCUCCGAAUUACACCCGCCAGACCACACAAGUCAUAAAUCAUGCGUGGAAACUCGUCAACGCUCUCAGCGGCGAAUCUCAAUCUCUUUCCUUCUCAACUGUCCCCACGACUUUCACCGACUAUUAGCAGAGCAACACGAGGAUAAUCUUUUCGGGCCCACGAGCCCGUCAGGCCAUUUCACAGAAACAUGGCCAAUCCUAUUUCAAGAUUUUAUAAAUCCGUCUGCGUUAGACACUACUUCUCAACAUUCCGGCCUGUUAUACGGACUAGACGACUAUUUGAGUUUGUCAAGAACAAGCGACGAGCUGUUUCGUUGUUUCGACCAGGCUCCUCUCACAUGCGCUCAGGACAUAGAGUCUUACCGCACGAGAACCCGUGCAUUUGUCUCGGAGACCAAUAUCAUGCGCUUCGUGGAUGCAUUUUUCCAAUAUGCAUAUAGCAGCAAUCCAUUCAUCCAUAACGCCUAUUUCAACGUCAAUACUGCGUCGCGGUAUCUCGUCCUGGCUGUACUACUCUUCGGCUUGACUUAUGCUUCCCGCGAGAAUACUUCAGAUUACAAUGAGUAUUUUGAUGUUGUUGAGUUUCUUGUCUUUGAGGGACCUGAGUUUCAGCAGCUUUUACGACAGAGGGAACAUCCAGUCAUUGCUAAGGAAACCAUACAACUAAUUCAAGCGGCAAUACUCAUGAUAGAGCUACAGGGCUCACAUUCUAAUGUGGAAAUAAAGAGACGAAUUCGAUUCCAGAGGCUGCCGACCUUGAUACUUGUGGUACGACUGUUGAAUCUCACAAAGGUGGUCAAUGAUAUCGUUCCCGAUGGCCACAUCACCACUUUGGAGGAAUAUUUGCACAAAGAGACCCUUGUGAGGCUCACGGCGUGGGUUUAUCUCCUUGACGCUCAUUGCGUCAUCUUCUACCACUCGCCUUCUCAGCUCAGACUCUUUGAAGCACGGUUCGGUCUGCCAAUGCACGACGCUAUAUUCGACGCGAUCAACCCAGCUGAAGCAGAUGUUAUUGUAAAGAAGACAUCCCAAGCUGCACCACUGACUCUUCGAUCGGUAGUGCAACGAUUAAUGGAUGAUAAGCCAUUCGAUCUGGAAGGGGAGGAACUGCAGAUUGACAGUCUCUUUGGGCUUUUCCUUAUCUUGAGUGCACUUCACUGCGUUUUAUUUGACCUCCAAGCACUGGUGCCCAUCAUCAAUACCCCCGAAACUUUGAAACCUGUGGAGCGUGCUUUGGACAGAUGGAAGCUGAUAUGGGACUCGAAAUAUACAGAACAUCAUCUCUCAUCGAUGGGCCCAUCGGGGUUUAUGGUUUAUGCGUUGGAGUUCUGGUGGCUAGCUAAAAAGCUGGUAAAACACCCACAGAUCUUUAGCAUGAGGGAUGAAGUUGCAGCGGACUCGAUAGAGGCUUUUCAUGAGAUGGUUAAGAGUUUGAAAACAGCGCAGGCGGACUAAAAUAUCUCGCCUGUUCACGUUUAGUGGUUUGAGAGGUACUACACUAAAGUGUGCCCGGUUUGUCAAAAGUCGCCGUAAAGGCUUCUAGAAUAUUUUCAACGCAAGAUAAUUGAUCGCAAAGGCAUUGAAGGGCUUUAUUUUCGUUCUUAACCGAU